AUGGAAGCACCAGAGGAACUCUCUUUGGGUUCCAAAGAGCAUACCAACAUUGUCAAAGGGAAAAGAACCAAAAGGGUAAGGCCACAAUCCCCUAUCCCCUUCUCCAUCACUGCUAAUUCUUCAACGGGAGAAGGAGAAAGGGAAGAUUGCUACAAUAGAGAUGACACCACCACCAACAACAACAACAACAACAACAAGAAGGAUUAUAAUGAUAAUGAUAAUAACAAUAACAACAGCACCCCCACCACUUCUUCUGCAGGAUUACAUGAUAGCACAGAUGAAGAGGAGGAUAUGGCAAAUUGCUUGAUCCUUCUAGCACAAGGACAAUCAAGGGAAUCUCCAAAACAAGCCGAGGAAGAUAGUUCCAUGAACUACACCAAGUAUAGCAGUAGAAAAUUCUUGGAAGCUGCAACCUUGGGGUCUAGCAGGGCAGGGUAUUAUGUAUAUGAAUGCAAGACAUGUAACAAAACUUUCCCUUCAUUUCAAGCACUUGGAGGACACAGGGCUAGUCACAAGAAGCCUAAGAACAUGGCUGCAAUGGUCAUUGCUCAAGAAAAGAAGCAACUUUUGUUGUCAGCAGAUGAGGAAGAGUUUCAAUUCAUCAAGACCAAUAAAUCACUUUCCCUUCAAUUGAAUAGCAGGGGGAAUUUGUAUACCAAUAACAACAAGUCCAAGGUGCAUGAGUGUUCUGUUUGUGGUGCUGAAUUCACAUCAGGACAGGCACUCGGUGGCCAUAUGAGACGCCACCGUGCACCGGUGGGGACCAACACCACACUCUCUUUGACCCCAAUGGCUUUGGAACCAGAAGAAGAUCAACCCAGAAAGAGAAGAAAUGUGCUGAAUUUGGAUUUGGAUCUCAACCUUCCUGCCCCAGAAGAUGAUCAUCAAAGAGAAUCCAAGUUUGCCUUUGCAUCCAAGCAACAACAACAACAACAACAACAACAUGGGCAGCAACAACAACAACAUGGGCAGAAACAACAACAACAACAAACAAAUCUUGUCUUCUCCGCCCCAACUUUGGUGGAUUGUCAUUACUAA